AAAUCUGCUUUUAGACACCAUGUCUAGCAGCGGGUAAACACAAUACCCUCCCAAAUUUCCAUCCUGGCGCCUUCAACUCCCCCGAAACCGUCUUCAAAGACAACAAUCCCGUCUUCCAAGACUAACCAAUCUUUCAAGACAAACCCAUCUUCCAAGACACCGAGUACAGAGGCAUCAAGUACAACUUAUAUAAAACACCGCUUCCUCCUACCCUGCAUCACUCUCAUCAUCUUCUUCAUCGCUCUCAUCAUGGUUCGUCACCGCACCAACGUCGACACCACUCCCAUUACGCUUCCCGCAGACAGUCUGGAUCCCCCUUCUACUUUUUCCGAUGGUCUACCCCUUCCCCGCAUGAUCGUUUUCGACCUCGACUAUACUCUCUGGCCCUUUUGGGUAGACACGCACGUCUCGCCACCUUUCAAAGGAACACCUUCCGGUCUUAUUGUCACAGACUCCUACGGCGAAAAAUGCGGUUUUUACAACGACGUCUCCUCCAUCCUCCACAACAUCAAACACCACCAAAUCCUCCUCGCAGCAGCAAGUCGCACCAGCGCCCCACGUCUCGCUCGUCGAAUGUUGGAAUUACUUCACGUGCCAACUCACCACCACCAAGACGCAUCAGCAUCAGCAUCAUCAUCCACCCCAGCAAUCCAUCUCUUCGACCACAUGGAAAUUUACCCAGGAGAUAAACGAACACAUUUUCGGAAAUUGCAUCAAGUGACACACGUUCCAUAUGAGGAAAUGUUGUUUUUUGAUGAUGAGGCGAGGAAUAAAAAUGUCGAGGAGUUGGGGGUCGUGAUGCACUUGGUGCGAGAUGGCGUGACGAGGGGAGAGGUGGAUCGGGGUGUGCAGGCGUGGAGGAGGAGGAAUGGGAGGGGGGAGAAGGAGUGAGAAAGAGGAAGAGGAAGAGGGCGAGGAAGGUACUGAGAAGUAAGUACCUACGGUUGCGAAGAAUGGUGGGAUGGGACCUGUUGUAGAAUAGAGAGAUAUACUCCACUGACAGCGAGGCACCAAGGACCUUAAAGAAUUUUGAAAGAAAAGUAGAAACACGUCAUGUUUACA